AUGCCCUCACCUCCGAAGCAGGAAGAGGAGCAGGACGAGUGGACGAUUGAUGGUGGCAGCACAAAUGCGUGGCAAUGGGCAGACUCCGAUGCGGAGGUGCCAGACGAAGAGCUCCCAACUCCACCCAGGAUUCCACAAAGGUUGAGACUUUCUGUGAUCCUGUUGGGCGACGACGGCAAGGCCAUCGACAAGGAGCUCGCCGGCUAUCGCCCGCCUUCACCAAAACUGGAUGAAGUGGCCGACUUGUUGUGGGAUUUGGAAGUUGCCGACGAGGACCUUGACCUGGACUCCAUGCCGCAGACGACGGUAUUGCCAGCUGCGAAACGAAAUCAUGACGACAGCCUGGGCCGCUGCCGCAAAAUGUCGGAUCCCAAGCUGCCAGCUGUCAGCCACGCCCAAAAGCCAUACCGUUCCUUUGAGAGCCCUCGAAUGAUCGUGGACAAGGUAGCGACGCUGGUCGACAAGAUUUCUCAACGCAUAUCGUCUGACACAGAUGGUACCAUUCUACCUACGCCACGCUCACCGCCCGUGAUGGGAAGGUUGUCGAGAGCUAUCGAGGUUGGAACAAAGUUCAAGGAUGUAACCAUCCCGGCAUUGCGGUCCACCACAAGAGAAGAGGCCAAUAUGUCUCGGGGUCUGACAACUCCUUGGCGAGCAGAGGAGGUUCAGCCUGGGAGCAAGGCGGCUGCAGCCGAGAGCCUCCAAAUUGAAGAGGUGCCGUGCAUUUACUCCUUUUUGCGCAAACAGUUUGCCGACGUGAACUUGCACAAUCGGAGGGCUGUGACGGAGUCCGACUUGAUCUCGUUCGUCCGCUCCAGAGCAAGGCAUAUGGGUCAUGUCCCCGCAGACUUCGAAGACCUCCUUCGCGAAAGCGGUCGACGCUGCUUUCAGCAGGCAGCUGUGCGAAAGGAAGGUAUCCGCUCAGAGGACUGGGUUCACUUUGGCUUACUUCUGGUGUCUUCACCUUCAGCGCCCACACAGCUGCUCAACAGGCGACUACGGCGUGAACUGGCCGGCAAUUCUGUUUUCCUCCGAGAGGCCGUCGAUGCUUUUGAACGAGCUGAUUCGCGGGGUAGAGGCUCCUUGCACUUGCGGGACAUCGAGGCAACCUUCUUGGACUGUGAGGAGUUGCUCUCGCAGGUGAAGCUUGCGGCGUCCGAGGAAUUGUGCUACUACGACUUCGUGGCUUUCUGUCUUGGGUAUCGCCGCACGCCUGUGCAGCUCAACUGGUACGAUGUGACGCGUGGAUACGCCAAAUGGCUCCCGACAGGGGUUCUUCUCGGCCAGAACCUUGAAGGCAUCUGGCACACCGGCGUCCUCGCGUUCGGCAGGGAGUACUGGUUUGGUGGCAAGGUCCUGGCUUCGGAGCCUGGCAAGGCACCGUUUCCUCCUGGGCCAAUCCGAUGCUCUGAUCUCGGCACCACGCUCCACACCAGGGAGGAGCUGGAAGAUUGGCUGCGCUUCGAGGUCGUUCCAAGGUACACUCGUGACAACUACGACAUCCUGUCGCAUAAUUGUAAUCACUUCUCCGAUGAAGUUGUGGGCUUCCUCAUCCAGGGCGGCCACAUCCCGGAUGAAGCCAGACGCCAACCAGAGGCCUUAAUCGGCACAUCUGGCAUGAAUGCCCUGCGACCGAUCCUGAACUCCUGGCUUGGUGGCUUCGAGGCCGGUUCAGAUCGAAGCUCCGAGAUCGACGAUCUCACCGGGGAGUGGCGCGCUCGACUCUGGCCAGGUGACCUUUGCCUCUAUGCGCCCCCGGACGGCCAGAAAGUGAAGCUGGCACAGGUCUCCAGUGUAGACGCCUUCAGUGGGACAUGCGAUGUUUGCUACUUCGAUUCGUCCAGCAUCCCACACUUCACCGGUGAAGUCAUCGCUGAUGGUCAGUUCCGUCACAAGCUCUGUAUGCUUGCUGGGGAGUUCUGGGAUUGGCAUGUAGAGUAUCGAAAAGCUGUGCCACUAACCUCUUUGCGCCCACAUGAAGCAUCUGGAUCAGCUUUCUCCUUCAGAGGGCAAAGCGCAUUUGCAGCCUCCGUUGGCCUUGGUGCAUUGCUUCGAGCUGGGCUCGGGAGGAUUGACCCUGGCAUCCAGAACGUCCUUCGGCGCAAAGCAGUCGUCUAUGCGCACUGCGCGCAGGGGCACCCCAUGCAACAGUCCGAGAACCAGUGGUCAAUCGCCUGGAUCGGGUCAGGCUUCUGUUGCGGGAUCUGCCGGAAGAACUUGUCCCACGUCGAGCGAAAGCUCGAGUGCGCGCUCUGCGGCUUCUACCUGUGCAGCUCCUGCGACCGCAAAGGGCUUUUUCGAGGUUACUACUCCCUCGGCUCCAUGGCCGCUGGAACCGCGAGGUGGGCCGCCUUGCUUAGAUUGAGAGGUUGGGGUCAACUGCAGGCAGGAACGGGAGAAGGAGUAGAUGGGGAAGAUUGA